AUGGGUGGACUGGACCAUGGAAUAUUGUUUUCAGAUCAUAGCAUUAGUGGUGGAGACGAUUUGGUGGUUCCUGCAAGAAAUGCUCUUUGCAGCCAGAAGUACAAACCUGUUGACUACAAACAUCUGUAUGAACUUGCUGCAGAGGCAAAAAUGGUCUCUGCACCAAUUCAGUUAAAGAUUAAAAAAGCGGAGCAAGUUUCAAAAAUUAGCAAAGAGCAAAUGCUGCUGAAACAGCAUCGACAAGUGUGGUGGCAAGAGUAUAAAAGACUGAGUGAGAGAAGGCAAAAAGCAGAAGAAGAAAUGAAGACUUUUCUUGAUAAAGAAAGCCAUAAGAGCAACGUUUUUUUUAAUUUGAGGAACUUGGAGCAGAAAUUGUCCAGGGAGUGGGACACUUAUCAAACAAAUGCUUUAGCUCCUGUCUGGCAGCUAAAGGAGGAUUUGAAGCUCAAACUGACUAAAAUGCAGCAUUACCUCUCAAAAGAAUCUUGUCAGAAACCCGAGAUCAAUUCAACUGAGGUGUUACAGCAGAUCAAAUUUAUGAAGAAGCAACAGAAGGCAAUUUUGGAAGACCUCAUCCUUGAAAGUCUGGUUUUGGAAAAAGAGAUUGAAGAGUUCAAAGACAAUGCAUUAGUGCAUUCUUCUGAAGAGAAAAAUGGACUUUUCCUGGCAGUUCCUGCAGAGCUGCUGUCUCUGGAGUGCCCUUACCCUGACCUGAAGACCUUGGUGAUCGAGGAGUACCAGGAGCUCGCCAGCAGCUACUGGGAGAAGAUUCAGGAGGUGGAUCAACAGCUGGAAGCUUUAUCCAGGAACAGUGACUGGAAGAAAGAAGAUCAGUGGGUUUUCCAGAUUGUUAUCAAUCAGUACCCAAGUUGUCUUCAGAAGAGGAGGACUUUGUACCUGGAUAUGCUGCAGAGGUAUCUUCCCCACAAAUCCAGGCAGGAGUUGGUUGUUCAUGAGAAGGCUUGGGAUCACUGCCAUUCCAUCAGGAAUCAGCGCAGAGCCUUGCUGCUAACCUGGGCUCAGGUCAGGAAAGCCUUUGUCCUUAGGGCAGUGGCAACUGCUGCUGAAGCUGCUGCUGCUCACGAGGCACAAGUGGUGCUGGCUGGUUCCAGGCAAAAGCAACUGGAGAUCUGUGCUGAUCUGAAAGCAAAGGUUCUACAGUGGAAAGCACAGCAGGAAGAAGCUGCUAAGCUAGAAGCUGCUGUAGCUGCCAGAAGAAAAGAAAAGGAAGAUGAGAGAGAAAGGCUGCAGAGAGAACAGGAAACCAUUCGUAGAGCUCAGGAUAAAGAGAAACUGAAAAAAUACUGGGCUGAGAAAGAGCUCAAGUGGCAAGAACAGGAGGAGAGAGAUCUACAACAUCUGGAGGAAUUGAGAAAAUUAAUGGCUGAACAAGCAGCCAAAGACAGAGAAAGGGUACAGUUCCGACGAGCCCUGCUGGAGAAGCGGCUGCAGGAGAGGAAGGAGCUGGCCCUGCUCCGGGCCCGGCAGCAGCAGGACAAGGAGAAGCGCCUGGAAGCACUCCGGCAGCAGGUUGCCGUUGUUGCCAAAUUAGAUCCAGCCAGAGCAGUGGCUGACACAGUGGCAUCCAAAGCUCGGAUGGGCGUUGGAAGCAAGCAGGAGUUUUUUGAUCUGCAGCAGCCCCUGUUCAGACUGCACACGUACAGUGAAGAGCAGGUCAUUUCUGACCCCAGGCUCCGUGUUGAGCUCGCUCUCCGAGAAGCUGGGCUGCACAAAACACUUUAUGCAAGAGAGGUUUUGUCAAAACUUCCUCCACCAAAGCUUCCAAGAAGAGACAUGGAAUCUACUGCUUUUAAAAUGUAG